AAGUAAUGGUAUAAAUAAUUUAUUGUAUAUAAAACAUGCCCAAACGUAUUCAAGCAGUAAGGAGAGGAAACUUUAGAGAAAACAACAAGAAGGCUCAGAUAGCUACUAGGACAAAGAAGACCUCUGCUUUCUCUAGGUCAAAUGCUUCUAGUAAUCCCAACAGGCCUGAUCCUCAUAAUGGCAAAGGACACUUGAGAAGCAAGGCAACUAUUAAUAGGCUUAAUAUGUAUAACGAGAAGCCUAACUAUGAAAAGAUGAAGAAGACUCCUACAGAUCCAAUGGCUGGAAGACUCUACAGUAAUAGAAAAUACUGGGGAAAUACAAGGCAAUUGGAUCAAAAGGAACUGGACAAAUAUACUACAGCUUUGAACAAGAGCCUUGAAAGCAAAGGAAGCGGACACUCCAUUUUGAUUUCAGGAAGGAAGCUCCCAGUCAGUCUCUUAAAGGGUGCUGAUAUCAAAUCCUCUAAGAAUGUAAAGCUACUUGAUAUUGAAAGCUUCGAGGACACCUUCGGAGGGAAAGCAAGAAGAAAGAAGCCAAGGAUUACCUCAUUUUCCUUAGAGUCUCUUGCUGAGAAUGCUCAAAAACUGCAAUCAAAGUAUAACCCUGACAAAGAUGGUGAUCUACAUAAGCACGACAUGAUUGAAGCUAAAGAUAAAGUUAGUGAUAAGAGAAUGGAAGCUGGACAAAGUAAAAGAAUUUGGGAAGAAUUAUACAAAGUCCUAGACUCCUCUGAUGUUCUCAUCCAAGUUGUUGAUGCCAGAGAUCCUAUGGGUACUAGAGUUAAACAUGUAGAAGAACACCUCAAAAAGAAUUGUCCUAACAAACACCUUGUAAUUAUUCUAAACAAAUGUGAUCUUAUCCCAACCUCUGUGACUGCCAAAUGGAUUAAGAUCUUGUCUAAGGAGUAUCCAACCCUUGCUUAUAAGGCUUCAAUCAAUAAUCCAUUUGGGAAAGGAAGUUUGAUCCAACUAUUGAGACAGUUUGAUAAUUUCCAUAAGAAUAAGAAGAGUGUCAGUGUUGGCUUUAUUGGAUAUCCUAAUGUAGGAAAGAGUUCAAUCAUUAACUCUCUCAGAAAGAAAACUGUCUGUAAGGCUGCUCCAGUUCCAGGAGAAACCAAAGUAUGGCAAUACAUCACACUUACCAGAAGAAUAUACCUGAUCGAUUGUCCUGGAAUUGUGUAUAAUAUUGGAGAUGAUGAUACAGAUACAGUACUGAAAGGUGUCAUUAGACCUGAAAAGUUAGAAGCUCCUGACUUCCAUAUCCAAGCUAUCCUAGAUAGGGCUGAUCAGACUAACAUCAUCGAAACAUAUGGUAUUGCCAAAUGGACUGAUGCUGAAGACUUCCUAGAGCAACUUGGAAGAAAGACAGGAAAGCUUAUGAAAGGUGGAGAUGCUAACCAAAAUGCUGUAGCCAAACAAGUCAUUACUGACUGGCAGAGAGGAAGGAUUAGAUACAUGGUACAUCCAUCUCAAGCCCAGAUUGAAGAAGCAGAGCGGAAAGAAAAACCUGUCUUCAAUCCUGCUCUACUUGUUGAUCUUCAUAAGAAGGAUGAUGAAGAUGAUUUAAUUAAUAUGGACGGAGAUGAAGCUUUAGAGUCUAUUGAAGAAGAAAUUGAAGAAGUCGGAGAAGGUGAAGAUUAA